GGAACGGCCGACGAUUAGUCGACGAUCGGAUACAAAGAGAACGGAUUGCCAGCUCCCGUCACCAGACCUUUACGGCCCGUUAUUGAACGACAUCGUGUGUCCGACCGCUUUGCUUUUGUCGUAGCCAGCACAACAACGGCAACAACAAGAAACAACCGUCAAUAUGUCGUGUGAAGCUGUCUGCGCCUUCGAGAAGCUUGCCAAGCUUGGAACUGAGAUCAUGAAGGAAACCGCGAAGGAGCUUGGUCUGAGCGAGGCUUCCACCGAGAAGAUCGCCGAGUACUACAAGAAAAUCUAUGAGGCGAUGAAAGAAAAGGGUGAAUAUACCACGGACAAGACCGAAGAGGAAAAGAAGAAGUUUAUAGAGGAGUCGACUGCGGCCAUCCAGGCUGAGGUCGAUGAGGCCGAUAAGGAGCUCGUCGCCAAGGUCAUCGCCGCGUCCUAUGAGAAGAUCCAAAAGAAGAAGGCCGAGUUGGCUGCCGCUGACGAGUAAAAUUAGUCUUUUUCGAUAGCUAAAACAUAAGUAAUUAUAGAUUAAGAACGAUAUAAACAUAAAAAAAAAAAAAAAAAAAAGCGAAUAGUGGAGAACAAAGCUAACAACAACGAUGAUAGAAAUACGGAGAAGCAAUACCAAACCAACAAGUUAAGUAAGUUAAUAAAAA